AUGGACCGUUUCCUAAUAGUUUUAACUGCAAGGGAUGCGAAAAGGGACAAUGAUGCUGUUGAAAAGCUCGAGUCUUUUGGGCUCUUUGAUGUAGUUUUUCAUCAACUAAGUGUUACUUUUGCUGCCAGUAUUGCUUCUCUCGCAACUUUCAUCGAAACAAACUAUGGAAAGCUUGAUAUAUUGGUAAACAAUGCAGGAGUUGUCGGAACUCAGAACAAUGAAUGUAAAAGUAGUGGGGGAAGUUUUUUGGGAAUUUUUCAUUGUAAGGGUUUGAGAGUUAGAAGGGCUAGACCGGCUGUAUAUUAG